CUCCUUGUCGCCCGGCCCUAGGCGGUUCCGUUAGCGGCGGGAGGGAAAACCGCCCCCGGCGUCCCCGCCUCCCGUGCUAACGCUUUCCUCCCUACUCCCCCUGCAACCACCCCGCAGCCCGCUACGGAGGCCCCCGAAGUACAAACGUCCCCCACGCUCCGAGCGCCCCCGGAGGCUGAGUCCAGUCUAAUUCCUCGGGCCCUAAGGCUCUGUGCCCAUUUUCCAUUGUUUUUUGUUUUUGUUUUUUUUUUUCUCGUUUUGCUUUUGGUCAGGCAUUCGCACUGGUGAGUACCCUAAGGCGGCAGAAACUUCAGCCUCUUCACGGAAGUAAAAAAAGUUGGCUCCCCCUCCCCCACCGCCGCCCAGGCCUCCCGCAUUCCUUCCCUCCCGCCUCUCCGGAUAGUGGCGGGCGGGGGAGGAGGAAGCCAGGGCGCCUGCGCGGGGAGGCCGCUUUCCAUCCGGGUCCCUGUCCGUGCGGUGCAGCAGGUCGGUAGGCGGGAAAUGGCGACUGGCUGAAGGAGCUGGUUCUGUUGCUGCUGAGGGAUAAGCGGGAGAGACACCACCUAUCGCGCAGUCGGGACCAUCGCCGGAGCCCGAGGACACUUUUUCUGUCGUCACAGUGAAGGUUUACAUGUGGCACCCUUAAAAGAUGAAGCUGAGAACACGGAAGGCUUCUCAGCAGUCCAGUCCAAUCCAAACACAGCGCACUGCCAGAGCAAAAAGGAAAUACUCAGAGGUUGAUGAUAGCUUGCCUUCGGGAGGAGAAAAAACAUCAAAGAAUGAAACCGGCUUAUUAUCUUCAAUUAAAAAGUUCAUUAAAGGAAGCACACCCAAGGAAGAGAGAGAAAAUCCUUCAAAGCGGAGUAGAAUUGAACGUGAUAUAGAUAAUAAUUUAAUCACAUCAACACCAAGAACUGGAGAAAAGCCUGACAAACAGUUGUCUCGAGUAAGACGGAAAAGUCCAGUCAAUGGAGAAGCUGGUAGUUAUGAAAUGACAAAUCAACAUAUAAAGCAAAAUGGAAAAUUAGAAGAUAAUCCUUGUUCAGGUAGUCCUCCAAGGACUACAUUGUUGGGGACCAUAUUUUCGCCUGUCUUCAACUUUUUUUCACCAGCAAAUAAAAAUGGGACGUCGGGCUCAGAUUCCCCUGGACAGGCUGUGGAAGCUGAGGAGAUAGUGAGACAACUUGACAUGGAGCAGGUGGAUGAAAUUACUACCAGCACUACAUCACCUAAUGGAGCGGCUUACUCAAAUCAAGCAGUUCAAGUGAGGCCAUCACUAAAUAAUGGUUUAGAAGAAGCAGAAGAAGCAGUUACCAGGGAUAUCCCACCCCUUACAGCCCCAGUAGCUCCAGAGAGCGGGUACUCGUCAGCCCACGCAGAGGCCACCUAUGAAGAAGACUGGGAAGUAUUUGACCCCUAUUAUUUCAUCAAACAUGUUCCGCCUCUGACAGAAGAACAGCUAAAUAGGAAACCUGCUCUUCCUUUGAAAACGAGAAGCACACCAGAGUUUUCCCUGGUCUUAGAUCUGGAUGAAACACUAGUGCACUGCAGCCUGAAUGAGCUGGAAGAUGCAGCACUCACUUUUCCAGUCCUUUUCCAAGAUGUCAUUUAUCAGGUUUAUGUGAGAUUAAGACCAUUCUUCAGGGAAUUCCUGGAACGAAUGUCUCAGAUGUAUGAGAUCAUUCUUUUUACUGCUUCUAAGAAGGUGUAUGCAGACAAGUUACUGAACAUACUAGACCCUAAAAAGCAACUGGUCAGGCACCGGCUUUUUCGUGAACAUUGUGUUUGUGUACAAGGAAACUAUAUAAAGGACUUAAAUAUCCUUGGAAGGGAUCUUUCCAAAACGAUAAUAAUCGACAACUCACCACAAGCCUUUGCCUAUCAGCUUUCUAAUGGAAUCCCUAUAGAAAGCUGGUUUAUGGAUAAAAAUGACAAUGAACUCCUAAAAUUGAUUCCAUUUCUGGAGAAGCUUGUAGAACUGAAUGAAGAUGUCCGGCCUCACAUCAGAGACAGAUUUCGAUUGCAUGAUUUGCUGCCCCCAGAUUAAGUUCAGAGACUUGUCAGAUCACUGAAGGGGGGGAGAGAAUGCAGGACCCUUUUGGACUAAGACAAAACAUUGCCAUUACUGUUGAAAUUUUGCA